AUGGAUUCUGCCAUGAGACUUGACGAAAGUGGACCAGAAGAUGAUCUUGAUUUAAUUGACCUUGAAGUGGAUCAGAAUGAAAAUGCAGAUGUGCAAUUGAGUGAUUCAAAUUACAAGUUCUGCCCAUCUCAAGAGGAGUGGAGUAGGAUAGAAAAGAUUUACAAGUUCUUGACUGUUUUUUAUGAUGUUAAAAACAUCUUUUCUGGAUCCAAGUAUCCUACAGCAAACUUGUAUUUUCCAUCUGUGUUUUCGGUUCAAUUGACAUUGCGAGAGGAAAUGGAUAGUAAGGAUCAGUUUAUGAGCAAGAUGGCAACUCAAAUGUAUUCAAAGUUUGUAAAGUAUUGGUCUGAUUAUAGCAUGAUCCUUGCUAUUGCUGUGAUUUUAGAUCCUAGAUACAAGCUUGGGUUUGUUAUUUUUAGCUAUAACAAGCUUAAUGGUGAUAACAACAUUGAGAGCACACUAGUUCAUGAUGCAUUGUUUAACCUUUUUGAUCAAUAUUUGUUGAAUUCUCCUAUGGCUUGUACCACCAAAUCCACAUCUUCACCAAAUGAUGAAAGUGGGAACCGGCAAGUUGAUGAGGGAAAGUUAACUAAAAAGUUCAUUGAUGUUAUGAAGGAAUUUGACUCAUUUGAGAAUGAUAAAUUGCUUGGAAAUGCCCAAAAAUCAGAGUUGGAACUCUAUUUAGAUGAACCAAAAAUCAAUAGGAAUGCGAACCUUGACGUGCUUACCUAUUGGAAAGCCAAUCAGUUUAGGUAUCCAAUGCUUGCUCAAAUGGCUCGUGAUAUAUUGAGCAUUCCAAUCACUACAGUUGUUUUUGAGUCUGCGUUUAGUGUUGGUGGUCGGGUUCUUGAUCAAUAUCGUAGUGCACUUAAACCAGAAAAUGUGGAGGCUUUGGUAUGCACGAGGGAUUGGCUUUUUGGUUUGAAAGAUACAAUGAAGGUUCAAGUAGAUGACUUGAUUGAUAAUGUGAUGAAACUUAAUAUCAACAAUGAUGACCCUGUUGAAGGCCAAUGUUCCACCAAUGGUAGCGUGACUGAAUAUUAA